CGCUAGAGCUGAAGACAUCGCAUUAGCUCGCAUAUCCGUUGAUACAAACGGUUAUAACUUUUAAAAUACUGAAAUUGUACAUGAGGUUUUGUAUAUUCUUAAUAACAAAUGAUAUAUCUUUUCGUCUAUUUUGUCUAGAGCUUUCAACUAGGUCCCAAACGUUAGAAUUAAGCUUUAAAAUCAAAGUCAUUUUUGGCCUUGUGCUCAAAGGCCAUUAGUUGAGGUCAUAUUUUGCCACUUGUUUUGUUUUCUUUUUUCAGAUAAAUUUAGCGAAUACCUAUUACUUUCAGGAAAAAUUAGUGGUGCUUAACAAUAAAUAGGUAGAAAGUGCAUUGGCAGAUGUUGCAAAUUAAACAUUUUACAGCACUGCAAAAAAUGCCUCAUUUUAAAGACUUGCAAACUGGCCAUGGAUGUACAAAAUACUCAGUGCCCCCAGCUCGACCAGAAAUAUUAUUGUGAGUCAAAGGAAAUUAAUCUUAGUUAUAGUCUCGAUAAAGCCUUUCACUUGCCAGAGUUUCGGGCAAACUUAUUUUUCAAGGGAAAUUGAGUGGGCGGUUUUUACUGAGACAGCCUCUUAAACCGGCAACCUUUGCGUCAAUGUACCUGAGUACACCCUGAACCCGCUUGAACCUAAAAAUCUGUCAAAAAUUUUUAUGAUUCUUAACUGAGGUCUUGCAGGUACUUGUUUUUGAACCAUCCGAAGUUAAAGCUAAGAGUAGUAUUAAUUUUACCAGAAUCAUGGAAAUGUAAUGCGUAAGUUGAACAAAUUAAAAUGUAAACAAUCACUAGGCAUAUUUUUUAGCAUCGUAGAAUCAAUUCAUAAAUUAAAGUAAAAGUUGUUCAACAGUUCUGCAAGUGAAAAAAUGCAAGCAAUAAGCUGAAAAGAAAUUUUUAUAAAUCCUCAGUGUACAUGGUUACUUAUUCCUUGGAUUAAUUUCAAUGCUAUUUAUGAUAAAACUUUAUUGGAAGUUACAAGAUGUAACAACAUAUAACUUCUUAUCCGCGUGAGCUAGUGGCCUUGCUAACCUAUUGCCACGAAUUAUUAAAGAGUUGGCAUCUUUUUUUUUUUUUCAAAUACCUUUCUGUCCUUCGGCGAGUUUCUAGAAGCAUGGGAUGACUCAAAAUAUAAUACUUAGAGAUGAAAUUGCGCGACCCAGUGCCCUCACAUCAAUUUUAUCGAACAUCCUGGGGGACAACGCACGGUCUUUUAUGAUCGAGGUCACUUGAAAGUGAAUGUCUCUUGUCAAUUGCAAAAAACGAGUUUUCAUGCAGGCGGAAAUUCGGAUUUCAUGUCUUCAAACCUUUUUUGAAUAUUACUUUCAGGCUUUCGCAGACGUGUUUCCUUAAACGAAACUAAGCUAGGCAAAUGGUAAACGGGAUUACGCGGAACGGAAUCAAAAUUCAUCAGUCCUGAAUUCUGUUCACCAUUUCAGUACCCAAACCGUGAAGCAACCGGUUUACCCAUGUAAGUAGUAGAAAAGCCUUGUGUCCAAAAGCCUGCGAUACAGCUUCCUCUCAUCGCUAUCUGCCGCUAGGGGCAUUUCGUCAAGGAGCGGUGAGAGGCGGGUGUGUCGAAGACUAUGCGUAAUAUAUCUUAAGUACCUUGAGGGGCCUUGUUACGUGCAUAGUAGAUCGUAGCAAUGGCAGAUCAUUGCAAUAUCUCUAAUUACUUUUUAAGGGGCACCAACAGCAAACUCGCUAUUCCUCUACCCCAGACAAAUGUUAAGAAAAAUGUUUUUUUCUGGAGCAGUCCUUUGGAAUAGCCUUCUUAUAUAUUGACCAGCGGCAGGCGAAGUCUGUUAGGGCUUUGAGGGCUGGCUGCAAACAAGUCUUCCGGAGAUCUACACGGUACUUACGUAAAGCAGACUAAGGCUCUCAGUCUAAUUCGGUUUUGUGACAAAGACAAAAGUAAGGUUUUGGAGGCCUUGAUUCUUAAACAGGUUAUACAAUUCCAAGCGUCUUGAACAUGGUAUUUUUGUAGACGAAAGGCCUUGAGCAGGGGGUAGACGUUGGCUGUGCGCUGUCUAAUAUAUAUGUGCGGUACCAACAAACUUUUAAAAAAUAUAAUAAGUGAAUCUUGUUUUCUUUUUUCAUUUUUUUCUGUCCCCUCUAUUACUUUAUUCUGUAUGAAAAAUGAAAAUGGACCAGAAGGGUCAUCAAAAAUGGUCUUUUGUCUCACAAAACAUACCUAAACUUUGAAUAAGUGCCUUCCAAGGGGGCCUAUCCGUAAUAUAUAUAGCAUGAGGAAAGACAUUUUAGAGGAUACCACGGGCGUCUAAGUUUCAUGGAGUAAGGCUACGGAGGAUGAGAAAAGUGCUCAAGUCUGCCUUUCCUUUUUAGGUGUUCCCAUUCGUUCGUUACAAGAUUCUUCUUAGGUUUAGUAUUAUACCAGCUUAUACUCUAUUGUGUUUCCCUAUGUUUAUUGUUAUUAUUUUUUUUUGUGAAGAAGACGUUGUUCUCUUUCCAAACGCUGUUGAAAGGAAUUUUCAGUCUUUUAACCUGUCCGUCUGCAGUUAAAUUUUACAGCUAGAGUUUCCAUGACACUAAAACGUCAAUCAGUGCAGUCUUUCAGACCACAAAACAGCCCGUACUUUUUGCGUAAGCCAAGAACGAGGAAUAGUCGAGCGAAUGGUCUGAAGCAAAACAAAUGGUUGUUCCCUCUUACUGUCUAGAGCAGAAAAGGGGGAGGGGAAGAGUUAGUGAGACUGGGGAGAAAGCGAAAAAUACGUCUAAAAAAAUGCGAUAAAAACUGACAAAGAAAAGAUAAAAGAAAGAAAACAAGAAAGAAAGAAAGAAAAAAGUUGAAAAGUUAGUACUACCAAAUCCGUUCCUGCUGAUCAGUAACAAAGCGCCAAAAGUGCUCGACGCUCAAGUUACUAUAUACCAUAAAACGUUGGAAAUGAAGGAAUGUGGGUAUUUAACCUGUAACAGGCCUUCUGAUAGUUGGUAAAAAGCAAAGAAAAGUGAGCUGGAAAAAAUGGCGAAGGGGCGGGGUUAGGGAAAUAGGGCGAAAGAUCCUCCUACUCUCUCCUUCUUACUCUCUUCCACGUUUGUUUUCCUCCGUUCCCAUUUCGCGCCAUCGUCCACUACGCUUGGAACAGGCUAGUCCAUAGUGGGCCAGAGAGUUUUUUCCAAUGCCGAUGCAGGUGAUCUAUUGAUGUCCAUUUAGGAGCAUUUGACAUUUUAAAAGCUCAUACUCACGCUGCAACUAUUCCUGCUUUAGCAUUAGUAAAACGCCGCUUUUUUUUUUCUAUUUUCCGUUGUGCUGUGGAGGAAAGUUUUUAGCGAUUAGUUUUUGAUGAUGGUGUUUCAUCGUCGAUCGAAACGAGUUAAAAUAUUUUCUGAAACGUUCGUUACAAAGUACCGCUAUAAGCGUGAUAGUAACACAUCGAAACGUACAUGAAUACUUGUACAUAAUUACUUGAACGAGAAAACUCGCAAGAAAGAAGGAAGUGUUCUUAUUAGUUAAUAUUGGUUGUCCCCGUCUUAAAUUUAACGUUUUUAUGCCUUUUUACGGAUGCUUAAAUUGAUAAAACACCUUACUGUACUUGUUUAAAGUCUGUUUCGUUGGGCUCGGUCGUCGACGUCUUGCCGACGUCGCUGAAAAAAGGCGACUUUUGGGCAAUUCUGCACUAGAUGUUGUAUCCAAACAAAAUGACUCUUCCAGUGUAUUGAAAGGUGUAAUAUACAUUGUAUGCUGGAAUUUGGCAGGAAUCAACGUUGAAUAGAAUGUUUAAAGCGUAUCUGUCGUUAACACCGCUUGCGUGACGGUCCGUGUAACGCUAUCUUUAACCACUGGAAUGUCUCCAUUUUUCGCAAAGUUAGGGUUGAACUCGAGGUCUUGCGGGCUACUUAAAAUCGUUUGCCCAGAGAUUUGUUUCGAUUUUCUGAUAGGUUGGGGCCUAGUCAAGCCGUAGAGAGUCAAUCUGCGAAAUUUUAAGCUAUAGCGCAUUGUAAAAAUUUGCAUUAUUUUAUCCCUGUAAUUUUGAACGGUAGAAAUUGUCAAUAGGGCCUAUUUUUAACAAUGCCUGUUUGGCCACGAAAUUAUUACAGCUUUCACAAAUUUAUCGUCUUAUAAGAAAGAAAGGGUCAUAAAAAUUAUUCGUGUCUUUAAAGGCUGCCAAACUAUUGUGGUUUGACGUACGAGUCAAUGAAAUUUGUGUAAAAUUUCGCUUUACCGGAAGUGAAUUUUGAGCUCCGAACGGGCAAAAUGAUUUUCUCGAAUUUUAACAAAAGAACACGUUAUUUGGGAAAACUAACUACAACAUGUUUCAUUACUCAUUAACGGUUAUCGAUGAACCAAAAAUUAAAUGAGCGAAACCCGAAUUUUGAACUUGUGCCACAAAAAGUUGAGUUUGGUCGAUAUCUACAGACAGUCGCUUUUAAAUGGUAUCUUAAGAUAAGUACGUCGUUUAACUGGCAUCCACUGUAGAGGAUGUGUAAUGGAGGUAUACUCUUGUGAAAGAGGUGGUACGCUUUGAAUGAUGAUGACGAUUAAUGCCUUAGGGGGACGGCUUGUGUUCGGGACAUUAUUUCGUUAUUAUAUCUAUUUCUAUUCUAUGGUUUUAGUUCCACCAGACGACGACGUCGAGGUGCGAAAUAUAGAAGUCGGCGAAUUUGCACUAGAAAAAGGAAAUAGCACAUUUUCAGUGACAUUUUCGUGGACAGGACCAGUGUUCAACUUUACUCUACGUGGUUAUCACUUUAAGUACGAGCUGACAGGAUACAAAAAGCAUGCUAUAAUGAUCAAAGGAAAAGUGGUAUGAAAUUUUAGUUAAAGUUUGAGUAGUACAAUGUCAUGAAAGAUAUUGUUCAUCGUUUUUAAUGUCUAUAAAGUAUUUUGUUAUAUUCCUAGACUUUCACUCAACUAAACAGGGACUGCCAUUGGUUGGUUUUUGGUCACGUGGCCUUGACUAAAAUCAAAUGUAUCCCGAUCGCGAUACAUUAGAGACCUUAAGAUACCCCGAAAUCGGUGUACGGGUAACGGGUAGCGCCAUGUUUUUUUCGUUUUGUGGUGACGUCAUCGACCUUACCCGGUAGAACCAGCCGUUUUUCCGGGGUAGACACCAGUUUACCCGUAGAAGAUUUACGAGUAGCUGCAAGUCCUACAUGAUGGAGAAACGAGUAAGUUUUCAAGACUUUUUCAGUACAAAUGUAAAUUGUAAGACUCCUUGGCAAUGUUAUUGCAAGUCUGUUCAAAUAUUUUUGCCAAAUUUGAAUUUUAGCUGUAAAGAAAGCGCUUCCAAAUGUAUUGAUUUUGGACCUGAAAUGCGCAGGUUGAACUCUGACGGUAUUUGGGGGGACCUCUGAGAACUGCUCGAACGUUUGAGUUUCGCAAAAGAAAUAGCAUUGAAAAAUUCAGCAUGGGAGUCACUGUUGAAGUGGACAAUCAAAGUAAUUGUUUAGUGAUGUGCCUCAAUCAAAUGGCGAGGCUUGCGAUAACAAGCUUUCGGUCGAGGGACUUCCCGCCAAGUUUCUUAAAAUCUUUCUAUGAUAUCUCAAUAAGCUUAUGUAUGAAUGAAUUAUUUGUUGCAGCUUGUUGUUAAGAUAUGAAGUGUAGAAUUUGAGGGAGAUUUUGUAUGCAUUAAGCGACAUGCAUGUACAAAGUUAAUUUUGCGUGCUUGUUCUUCGGGUAUCUUGAUCGAAAUAGUCACGCACAUGAACAUGUUACAUGUACGGGUACACUACCCGUACCCGUACACCGAUAUCGGGGUAUCUUAAGGUCUAACCCGGCUCGGGCUACAUUACAGCACGUGAUCAAAGCAUCGUGGAAAGUGGUGUGACAGAAGGCGGGAAAAACACUGCCAGUUUUCUUUUCGUGAAUGAACACAACAACUUGAACACAAACACGAUGCCUCAAGUUAAAAAGCAACGAUUUUUAAGUCAUCCCAGAAGAGAAACAGCAACUAGUGGAGAAAAAAGAUGCAGAUAAUAUAAGGAAAGUACUUUGUAAAUCAUUCAUUUAGUGGUUUUAAGAAUGAAAUUUGUGUUGUUAUAAGUACCGAGUCGACUGUUUUGGUACGCUCCGGUUAUUCUUUUGUUGCUGUUGAAGUGAAAGUCUAGAAAUAUAACAAAACACUUAAAUGUCAGGUCCCUCGGGAAACCAGUUAGUCUUUUUUUCCCUCGAGUCCUGAUGUUGCCCUGGACUUCGUAUCGGGAAACAUCAGGACUCUCGGGAAAACAAAACUAACUGUUUCCCUCAGGAUCUGACAUUAAGUGUAUAUUGUUUAUCGUUUGUCUCACGAUUGUCACUUAGAUAUUGGUCGCGACGUUUAAACCGCGCAGUGCACGUCUUGAUCAGGCGGUAGUGUCGAUUUACUGAGUAGGACUAUUUCUACCACCUUGGUUGUCAGUGAUUCGUAAAGCACGAACCUCGCUGAUGGUUGGCGGGUCUCGAUCCAACUUAUUGUUGGCAUUGUUAGAGGAGGAAAAUGUUCCCUCAGCGGUCCGCUGAAGUAGCGAUCACCUGCUGUGUUGUCUGAUCGUAUAGGCAUCCACGGUUUAGGAAUCUCAAUUCUACUGUAACUGUUAAUAUUGUUAUGGUGAAGUCUUGUGCGAGUAACCUCUUUAACUCUACGAUAGUCCCAGUGAGGGUAUCGGUCAAUAAACUUGAUUUCGUCCGAAAGUGGAUAAUAGCGACCUUAAGCAAACCUGGACGGCGACCAAGAAGACGGUAACCGAAAGUCACGACAGCCCUUCUGAACAUAAUUUACAUAUUCAUCUUGAAGUCCAACUGACGUCGCGGUGUCGAGUCCCAGCAUUUUGGUGGUGUCUCGAGAACGUGAGUUUGUUUGUUUUUUUAUCCUUUCAAACCACAUAGUUUCGAAGGAGAAUCUUUGCUGAUGUCCAUAGCAUUGACUUUAGAUCACAGAGACGAUUUUCGUUUGAUUUUACUUCCUUCCUGUGAGAAAAAAAUUAACGACCUUUUCUGAAGCCCGAAGAGCAAAGUUCCCGCCAUGGCCAAAAAUGGGUAAGCUUAUUAAAAUUCAAUCUUUUUAGCGGAGCUCAACGCACACGCGAAGUGCUCGCGAGCGUAGAUUUAUAGCUAAGAAACAUUGGUUAUCUAUCCAUCUGAGAAAUCCGAUUCCUGUUUUUUGUUUUCUUUCUCUUGGAGAGAUUGUGUGGGCAACGUUGUCUCAUUGCAAGUUGGACUUAAACCAAUGUCUUUAGGGUUCGCUUCAGAAGAAUUGUUUGGCUCAAAACAAUCUUUUGGAAUAUCAGACUUACCUAGAUGUGGCUCGGCAGGGUCAUCAAAUAACGGAGGGCCAAUUAGCCUCAGAUUAAUUAGGACCAACAAACGGCUUCAUACGAUUUGCGCGGCUGGAAAAAGCGACUUUUUUUAUCGGUAAUCGUGCGUAGCUUAAAAUUAACUGAUGACAACUUCUCCACAACUCUGUAUGGACCCAACCAGUUAUGCAUUAACUUUUUGAAUAACCCUUUUCUAGUUCUUGGGGUAUAGACCCAAACAUGCUAAAUAACUUCGAAAACAGGUUCUUUUGCCCUUUGAUUGUAAUAAUCCUUCAUUUUUUGCUUUGCACGUUGUAAAUUUCCUCUUGCUAAAUUUUGCGUUGCGCCAACUCGUCCUUUUCGACAACACGUUUACGAUGAUCAAGGACCGAAGUGCCCGAAUCGUUUAACCGCAGGAGUCAAAUAAUUAACGUCCAUGCCCAGUUACUUCUAAACAGAGGUCCUAUGUGCGAACAAAAUGAGGGGUAUGAAUUUAUCUCUAUCUUUCUGGUUUUUGGAAACGUGCAUCGACAAAGACUGACACAAGCUGGAACUAACUCUUUCUACAAGACUAUCGGUUUGCGGGUGACAACUAGAAGUAUUGAACUUUUGAAUUUGAAAUAUUUUACAAACCUCUGCAACGACCUUACAAAAAAAUUUAUCUAACCUGUGUCUUUAUUGUUCAUGAGAUAAAAAUACAUACCGGCAUUUGAAAGUUCAGAUGAAUAAAAAGAUUUAAAAUUAUAACAAAGUUUAAAAUGUUAAAAAUCAUAUAUAUAACAAGGAAAGUAUAAAAAGAUUUUUAAAUCUUUUUAUAUCUCUAUACAUAGAAUCAUCAUAAACGGUCGUAUUUAAAAAGUAAUAUAUUUACAAACGUAUUCUUAAAACGUUCCGUGCUUAUCUUGGGCCUAUAGCAGCCUUUUGUCUCAGGUAGUAUUUUAAAUCAAUCUUCUCUUGUGGAAAGCAGACAUUCAGGGAGUGGUUAUCACACUGUUUAGCUUUUUUCGAAAUCAUUUUAUCCUGUUUGUGCAGUGGACAUCUAAUGUUUUACGGCACCAAUAUAAGACGUAAGUUAUGGCAUCGGUCUAAAAAUUGCUGAAAAAUAUGAAGACCUUUGUCGGAGGCACCAUGAAGAGAUAACCCGUAAGUUAAGUUAGGGAGGACGAUGUUAUAGAAAAGGUAAUCAGUUUGCCUGGCUGUAACGCUCUUUUCUACAUAGUCUUAAAACGUGUAGACAUUUGUUGGCCUUGCACAGUUUAGUUUUUGCAUUGUCAGCGAACGUACAGUCAUUUUGAAAGGUCAAAAAUAAUAUUUCAAGAGUGGCAUGUUGUGGUGUAUUGCAUACAACAGGAUAGGAUGUCGAGUUCCCUUUCUUUUUGCUGACAAGUUCUUUACACUUGUUAAGGUUACACCUCAUAGAAUUACCGUUCGACCAGGUCAAAAACUUCUCCACUAACCCACUUGACGUAUCUCUUACCCCUUUCCACACUGGUGCGACAAUAGCAGAAUCAUCUGUAUGCUUACAAAGGGUGGGAGUGGAACCUUGAUUGAUUUCAGGGUCAUUCAGAAACACGCUGAAUAGAUAGGGGUUUCGCACACUAUCCUGCGUUGUCCCCUUACUUAUUCCUUUGCACUCGUGAAAGUGGUUGUUGUGUACUGAACAAUGUACUCUAUUACUUAGUAAACUGUGAUACCAGGUGAUGAUAUAGGCAUUCAGUGGCAGCAACUUUAGUUUAUUAGAUAGUAGCUCGUGCCUAACUGAGUCGAACGCUUUGCUAAAAUCUAUGGCCAAAACUCCUACUGCCUUACAGUCUGGAUUAUCUAAGUGUUAGUUGAUGAAUUGCCGGGUCCAUAACAGUGCAUUAGUGGAAUUUCCACUUUCAAGAUAGGCAAAUUGACUGGUGCUUAGAUUCUCCUCUACAGGCUACUCCACAAAGGCGUUAUUAACAGCUUUCUCAAACGCCCUGGCCAUAACCGGAGUACAGGGUGUCCCAAAAGUUCAUUCCUCUAAUUUCAUGCCCUAUAUCUUUUGAUCAAAACUUUAUUGUUACAUGAAAUUUCUAGAAGAUGUUUAUUUCUCUCUCAAGUACAAGUAUUCAGAAUUUCAGUAACUGGCAUGCCCUUUUUGGUUUGUUUUGGUGUUUUUUUUUUUUUUUUUUUUUUUAUCACAUUCUGUAGUCGUUGCCCCAUGAAGUGGGAUACAGCGUGUAGACCCACAAAUGAUUCAUUUGAGCUUUUUUAUCACCUGGUGCGCAGGAUCCAGUUCAACCCCCAAACAAUAUUUGUUUAGUUUAGGCAGCUGAAAAAAAUAUAUUUUGGGCAUUCAUCCAAAAAAGAUAAUCAUCCCGGCCCCCUUCCACAGCAAGGCUUUUGUACUUCUUUUCAAAUUUGAAAAGAGCUGCUUAAUUGGCAGACUAAGCGGAGGUUUUUUUUGACAUCUCAGGGGCCUCUAAUUUUAAACAGUUUAAACAGCUUUUCAUGACCCUUUUAUUUGCCUUGCUAACUAUGUGAGACUAAGCUUCCUUGUCGAGUCUCCUAUUUUGUAUAUAGCCUUCUUUAAAACUAUUUUAGCUGCUUUAUUCAGGGCUUCCCUUCAAAACCUUGAUUUCUCCAUGAUCAUUCUACCACCCAACAUUCGAAUUUUUCCAGUUUUUUUAGCAAUUUCUACAACAGAUAAGCCAGUAAUAAAUCGAAGUAUACAGGCUUAUGCUCUCUCGCAGCUGAACGUUUUUCGUUAAGGGGGUUUAUCUUUCGUGAUAUUCACACACACACACACACAAAAAAAACAAGGAAGGAGUUCGAGCAAUUCGGGCUAUGAAAUACAAAAAAUAUGUGGCUGAGAAAUAUACUCGCGCACGCUCACCUUUGGCGCAGAAGUACACAAAUCGAAUAUUCGAGUCAAAAGAUGACACAACAAGUAUGAAAAUAGUGAAUUAUAUCGAAAGACAACUUUUGUUGAAAUGAUUUGCUUACCAAGUCCAAUCGUACUGAAAUACAGACUUAUGAAGUAGAGGAACGAGCUUUUGGGACAACCUGUAAUAUUUAUCCCACGGUAGUUAGACCUUUGUCUGGGUGUGUCCACCUUGGGUAUCGGAUCAAUAUUCGAUCUUUUCCAUGAUACAGGCCAAGUGUGCGUGCGCAGAGACAAUUUCCAAAUAUGACUGAGAAUUGCCGUAAAAAUCUCAGGAUAUUCCUUCCACUCCCAAAAAAGAAUGCCAUCAGGACCCGUGGCCGUUCGUUAGAUAUUGCUUAGAAUUUUCCAAACGAGUCUCUCAGGAAUUUCUGGAACUUCGAUUUCGCUGCCGAUAACCACAUCAACUGGUGCAACCUAAUUCAAGUCCGUACAAAGUUCAUGAAAAUAGUCAUUUAACUGGUUCGCGAAGGUGUUGUCUAAUACAACCGAGUUAGAGUGGUUACGACGUUAUCUGAUGUUGUCUACUGUUUUCCAUCAACCAGCACUUCCACCGUCUCUACAUUUGUCGAGUUUGGGAAAUUUGACGAUCUUCCCUCUCGAGCUAACUCAUUUUGCAAGAAUCAUAUGGACAUCUAGACAAACAACCAGCAUUACCAUGAAUUCUACGAGGGCGAUGAACUAUAUCAAAAUCAUACUGUAGCUAAAGAAAGGCCCAUCUUUGCAAGACGACCAGAAGCAUUUUGAACUUUCAUUAACCAACGAAGCAAACUAUGAUCAGUUACAACAGUAAACUUGCCAUUGUGUAAAUAAGGCUGAAAUUUCUUAAUUCCCUCAACUGGUGCGGGUGCAUCUCUCUCAGUGGUACUAUAAUUUUGCUCCGCCUGAUUCAAACCACAGCCAUUGUAAGCAAUGACUACUUUCUUUCCAUUUUGAAGUUAUGCUAACGUAAAACCAAUACUGGUGGGGCCAUCAACAAACAGCAAAAAUGGUUCCCCUAAAUCAGGAUAUGCUAAAACAGGUGCAGAAAUCGAGGCAUACUUAAGCAUUUAAAAUGCCUCAGCACACGCUUCAGUCCAAACAAAAAUCCAAACGGCAUGGUUAAAAAUUAACUAACAUCUUUAUGUGUAGCAGAGGCAGUCUUUUCACGCGAGUUCGGAUUCAUCUCUAUUUGCCAGAACCCGCUUUUUAGGUAGAACGUUGAAAAUAUAAUUGUGCCAUCUGAAGAAUACAGCGCAUUAGUAACUAAAAGCAUUGGAAAGCUAUCUACUUUAGUGACUUUAUUAACUUUACGAAAAUCAAGACAAAAUCUAUAUGAUUCAUCCUGCUUUUUGACCAAAACAACUGGAGAGCUCUAGGGAGAGGGAGACUCAUGAAUGAUUCCUUUCUCAAACAUUUCGUCCACUUGACGGUCAAUUUUUUUUAUUAACACCUGGAGAUGGUCUAUAUGACCUUUGUUUCAUGGGCAUAGCAUCACCAGUAUCUGUGACAUGCUGAACAAGGGAAGUUCUACCCAACUGAUCCCCAAGAAAAACAAAAACAUCGCGAUAUUUACCAAACAAAUUUUUGAAUUUUAGUUUUCCAUCAUUAUUCAAAAUACUAUCUGCCAAAUGAGGAAAAUCCGAAUAAUCUUUAGGUUGUUGCCGAUCAUCUGAAGAACUAUGCUGAGUAGCUAAAGCAGGAGAGUUCUUGCCAAUCUCAAAUGUUGCUAAGUCAUUUCCAAUCUGCUGAAAAUUAGCCUUACGAAAGACUUUAACAACUUACCAUCCUUAAAGAAAUAGUAGCAUCAACAGAAACUUUUACGAGCUCUGACACUCCAAAAAGCUGAAUAACGAUGAGGUAAAUCAUACUUAGCCGUGAGCAAACCAGGGAAUGUAACUAGUUUCACCGCUUAUACCUUUUGGCAUUGAAGUUAAUUUACCGAAAACAACUACUUCAGAUUUGUCCGGAAUACAAAAAGAGUAAUCAGUAUGCACAGACGAAAGACAAUUAACAUUAACUUCACUAUUCAGAUGAACAUCUAAACCAUCAGGAAAUUGGAGGGGGUCCUCGGGGAGGGAACAAAGUUCUCUACAAAAUCAAUUCUGGAACAAUAUUUUAGAAAGAAAUCUCUGCCUGAAAAAAACAUCAUGAGUUAAAUCUUUGAUAACAGGCUUAAAAAGGAAGAACAACAGACUUAAUAACAAAAUUCAGGCACACUUUACCAAGAAUGACUAAUAGAGAGCCACUUACAGACGUUAAACAACUUGUUGAAGGAGAAUCUAAACAACAAUCUGUAUGACUAAGAUACUUGUUCCAAACUUUAGUAUCAACUGCUGUCACAGCUGCUCCUGUGUCAAUAAUAGCACGAAAUUUAACAAAUUCUAUUAAUACAGAGAUAUUGAAAUUGUCACCGUCAAAAGGAUGAAUAGAAUCAAGUCUACAGGAACUGACAGGUAAAGAAACACUGUCAGUCACAUGGGACCUUGGCUCAGGGCCACUUGAGUCACAUAAGUCAUGGCACUUUUUAGAAACAAUAAAUUUAUCCCCUACGUCAUUCACUUCCAAAUUUUCAUUUUUAAACUCAGGUGUCAAUGUUUUUCCUUUUGUCCAUUCAGUUGUACUAACUCCUUGAGAUACAUUUCCAUUUAAAGACUUCUCGCAAUUCACUUGACCUUUAGGAGAAAACAUAGGUACAUCUCGGGAAUGAGCAUUUUUGCCUUUCUUUGGCAAUGACCCAGCGACUACACAAUCAAAUUUAGUUAUGAGCUGAGAAAGAAACUUAACAACUUCAAGAAAAAUAUGUUCAUUAGAGACGUUUUGAGGCUGGCAAUCUGUAGAACACCCAUGUUGACAUGUGACGGAAGCUUGAGGUUUUCCUCAUUGGCAAGACAAUAGGCUCACAUGGAUUAGACACGAGUUCACUACCACACACGACCGGGGCGCUAGCCAGUCUAAUUGAGCGCCCAUUUUUUUCCUGCUGAAAAGCAGUUAGCAUAUUGUUUUCCCGACACAGACGUCUAAAGUUGGGUUUCGAGUUUCUAAAUCUGCACGAUUUUGACUUUUUACUAAAAAAUACUGCCCCCCCCACCACGGACAUGAAAAUUGCAAGAUCAAAAUUUCCGACUAAUAGGAUGACUUCCAUUAUUUUUGGAACUUUUAGACCACACGUUAAAUUUUACCUCACAAUUUAUUUGAUAUCCUCUUUUGAGGGCUUAGACUGUAAUUCUUAAAAAGUCUUAUCUUCAUGAUUACUACUUGAUUUACGGCUAAGAGUUACCAACUCUUUCAGUUUUGCAAAAUUCAAAGGACACUCUAAAUAAGGCGGUAGUUGCAAUAUAAGAUGGUCACAAAUUUCUGGUCUUACACCUCGUAUAAAACAAUAGACCCAUUUACUUUUGGGUAAAUUUAGCGGAAAGCGGAAAGAGACGAUAUCAAAAUAUUAAUCCGCAGCAGUUUCCCCUAACAAAUGAGGGCGCUCAACCAGUUUUUGCCUUAACUGUUAUUGAUUUACAUUUGAUUCAAAAUGAGACAUUAAUUUUUGCGACAGCACUUCAAAUGACAAAAUUUUGGCUUCUUUUAAAGUCUUAAACCACAAACUGACAUGUUUUUUGAGAAACAGAAGAAGACCAAAGGCUAACUUCUCUACAUCCCAACCAUUUAACUUACCGGCGCGACAAUAAUUAUCAAUAAACUCGCGCACAUCUUCUCUCCUGUCGCCAUAGAAUAAUGGAAAUUCAACUGCAACCCUAUACAUUACUUAAAUACAAGGUUGGGUCAUCAUGAUUUUGUUUUACAUAUGACCAGACUAAAACAGAGUCCCUUUGUUCUUUUGCAAUACAGAUUACAGAUUUCCAGGGAGGAAUUUAAAGCCCCUGACAUGUUUUUCACCAAACCAUGCUCAGCAAAAUAGGAGGGUUCUCCACCAAAAUAUGUAGGGGUGUUCAAGCAACUCGCUUGAUUAUUCCACUUAACAGCAACUCAACUGAACAUAACUACAACAUAACUAUAAACUCCCAAACUGUACAUAACUACAGCAAAAACAACUGCGCCAAAUGUUGGAAACUUAAAUAACUUAAAUGAAUGUAUGUUCUGGCUUGCUGAACAUGAGAAUUACGACAGCACUUCCUAAUGACCUGAACGAAUUGGUGAUCCCCAAAGUGGAAUAAACAAUUCUAUAAGCCAGGUUAAUAAUGUCAGGCACAAGAAAACCAAUGAAAGCUUGACAACUAAGGCCACGAUAUUCUACCUUAAACCGAAACAGAAACUCUGAGAUAGGUAAAAAACAAGGUCAGCUGUGAUCCCAAAAGGUGCCCACUUCAAGGACUGACAAUCAAAUCGAAUAAAUGGCACUUCUAAUGAAAAAUUAAAUCCCUUAAAAAGGAAAUAAAAUUCAAAAACCUGUCGAUACAAAUGCGGACUGUCGUCUAAAUUCCCUACAGACCACCAUACCCGUGCGUGACAACAAUAACGACACACCAUAUGCUGGAGGCCGCACGAGUUUACUGAGUAAGCUAAUUCAGCAACUGCAAAGGUGCAAACAAAGAAAGGCCCAUAAAACAAAACAAAAAGGAAAUCUAAACCUGGGAGGGAAUCAACGAGCAUCCACAGGAUGAAAAAACCUCACCGCGCUCGCUGCGGAAAAGGCUGAGGGAAAACCCCGACCCUGUGGAUAGAACUCUUCCGACCUGCCGGUCACGUUUAAGAAACAAAAAUAAAUAAAUAACAAAAAAGUAUAAAUCAGAUUCCUAAAGACUUCGCGACUGAGAGGGGAGAAUUAAAAUCGUCCUUAACGGUGCCAUCCGUGGCGUUCUCGCUCGCCCAACGGUCAUGUCACUUGAAAAGUCUAUCAGCGAUACCAGUACGUAUUAGCCGCAGAGGUGGCUCCUCCAGCCCUAAGGCUAUGAACACUAAUCUUCGAAACGUCCGUUAUAUCUGUAAAGGCGUCCUUAAUGAGCUCCCUAGCUCUUGUUUAGCUAAUCUCUUGGCUUCGUACUUUUUCUUCUGACCAAGGAGUAGCGAGGGCUCUGAACGGCGGUAAAUCCUCGGAGAGAUUGUUUUGAGCCUCCGAGAUGUAGACCUCCAAAGCCUUGACUGGACAAGUUGGCAAGUCUGUCCUCGCGAUAACGAUCCACGCCCCGUCUCGGAACUGGUUACCCUUCGAAGAUUCUAGGAAAAUGGACACAUAGGAUGGGAAAAACCUAACAUCGCAGUCUUUUAUAUGACAUUACUCGCUAAAGCAAAAAAAUCCAUCGUAACCAAUAAGGCAUAACGCAACAGAUCUAAGAUCAGAAAGAGAAGGAGACUUAUCCUUUAUCUUAAAUUCCACGAACGCCUUCAACAUUUCAGGAGUUAUAGGGUCUUUUUUGACUUUUGGCCUGCUCAAAAUCCUUUGAGACGCGCUGACCGUUGAAGGAACCAGGGGAUGACUGAAGAUUUUUGAUAAGCCAGCCAACUGUAGCGCCCAGUCAUUGCUGUAGACCGCGUUAAGAACUGGAGAAGGAGAAUACGCUUCAUUAAGCAGACACUGCAAAAAGACUGCUAUCUGGAACGGAUUAGAUGGAAAAUGGUAGACGUGAUUGGAGGAAGCCCAAAGUUUCUAUCUCUUAAUACCUCCAAGGUAGGAACGAACAGUGCUUUUCACCAAAAAAGCUUUUGGCUGAAGGUCCUAUGGCAUUGAGGCGAAAAAUUCUGACCGCAUUUCAGACUUGAACACAUCUGUAAAAAGACAAAGCUAACAAAGAGCAAAGGGAAAAAACGAAAGAACACCCGCCUAACAAACAACAGACUAAAAUAAAAUAAUAAAUAAAUAUAUUAAUCGAUCAACCGAUAAAAAAAUCAAAUAUACAAAAACAAGAAACAAGAAUAAGAAACUAAUAGAUAAAAUUAAAGACAAUAAGACGAAAAAUAAAAGGUAAGACGAAGCAUAAAAGCACCGCAAAACCACAAUCUAGCGUACAGAUAUUCAUAAGCCUUGUAAAGGAAACAAAUAAACUCUAUAUCACGAAGCUGAAGGGUUUAAAACAAAACAUACGAAUUGAUCGACACUCAAAAGUAAAAUCCCGGACACAAGAAGUCCCUAUAAUCAAUAAACAGAUUGUUAUGAAACCGAGCAAAUCUAUAAAUCCUGGGCACACAUGGUCCCAUACACUUGGGCACAGAUGGUCCCAAACACUCUGUCACAAAAAAAAUCUCAUAAACUUGGGCGCAGAUGGUCCCAAAAUCGACUGACGAGAUUGUAGAGUCCGAGGAUAGUUCUUCUCUUUCUUCUCGUCCUUCAAACAAAAGUUUAAACGACAAUUCGAGUUUAUCAGAGUGUGAGAGGCAGCAGACUUAUUUGUUUGAGCCGUAUGACAGCAAUUUUAUUAAACUCGGAUGCAACCUAAGGCUAUAAAAACCACUGCAAAAACCCGUGAACGAUCAAUGUAGCUCAUCGUUGGAUGAAACAAGAUUGUGAUCAGUCGAAAAAGAUAAAAAUAGAAUUAAAGUAAAAAAGACUACUGCAAAAACUGAUCAAACAACGUGAAAAAGGCCGGGUAUACAAUAUUUCCUCCGGCCAAUACCAAUCUUCAUCAGGUGUAUCAGGUAAAACCACGAAUAUACAGAAUAUAUACUACUGUAAAAUAAUAAAACGAAAGUUACAUGGUAUGACGUAGUAUGGCUGCUAAGAAAAAUAAACCGAACAAAAAGGUAAAGAUUACAUAAUGAUUAUAGUUCGUCACGUUUGUUCAUUCCCAGAGGCUCGAUGGUUUUGGCUUUAUGAAUGAGGUACGCCUCACGUGCUUCCCUAAGACAAUCGCGUUCAUAUCUAUGUGUUUCAACUGGGAUUAGUAACACAUGGGAAAAAGGUUUGGCUAUUGCUGAGAUAGUGUUCUGAAACUACGGUUUCGAUGUAACUGCCGGAGGGCUUAAGUAAAGGGCGUCUAUGUUCAUUAAAACUCCUUGUUGCAGGUCUUUUUUUUUUACUUUAAUUCUAUUUAUAAACUCGGAUACUGACUUGACAAGCGAGUCCGACGUGGAGCAACAACGAGCGAUUGCAAAAUACAGAUCGGUAUUAAACCAGAUAUGCUGAAUCGCAAAUUCUGUUCAUUACUGAUCGAGGGUAUUAUUACACUUUCGAGAAAAUAAAAUAAUUCUCGCUAUAAAUUUCUCUUCUGAGGGACUGGCAAUGUUUUCUUGGAGCAUUAUUUCGAUCUAAAGCUGUGAAAUAAGUAUGUAAGCCGUGUAUGCGUACAAGGCAAUUUUCCUGGGAAAUGCAGUGAUUUCAUAUUACGGAAGUAUGCUUGUAUGAAUUAUAUAAGCUUAAAGCCAGGUCCCAAUUUUAGGUGUAAAUGUGGAUUUUUUUUCAACGCGUAAAUCGAUUUCAGGAGUGUGUCUACUGCUCAGAGAUUGACUGUGUGGCUAUGAUCGCUAAAAACAACGAAGAGGUUGAAGCAGAAGCAUUAGCUAAUCCGUCUGUUUGCAUACCACAACACCCGGGAUUCCAAGCCGUUUGCUUGGCGGCCUGGUAAGGAUCCAAACAGCAGCACCGCGUCUUUUACGAAGGCCCAGCACACAAACAAACUGUCACAUAGCUUAAGUAAGAAGCAGAUGGCGAGGUGGCGCUCGGGCAUUUUAGGCUGAAAGUUCCUGUUGUCCUGCCAUCUUUCGCUGCUUGCUGUUUUUGCUGCAUGAGGGCUCACUUCCAUCCCUCAGGCAAUGGAGAUGACUUUGAGUUCGAGGGAUUUCGCUUUGCAGACGAGUAAUGAGAAUUCAGACUUCACAGAAUUUUAACAUGUACUCGCCAUAUAAGGCAUGAACAACUAAUACACCGUAGAAUUCCGAAAAUAAGCCUUUUCAUGUAUAAGCCCCUCCAAAUAUAAGCCCCCCAAACUCGUAACGCAAAAAACCCUCUGUUAAAUCGCCCCUCCGAAUAUAAGCCCUCAGGGGCUUGUACUUGGAAAUUGCCCUCAAAUACAAAGUAAAACAAGGCAAUAACGGUACAGUAACAUAUAUGUUUCGGUAUUUGCCAAAGAACUAUUACGUGUGCCAAUUGACUGCACUCAGAAAGUGCCACAGUUCAUUGCUAUUUCUUGACUUGGAUUUUCUCGGUCCAUAUAGAGAAAGUACUUGCAUGGCUGUGUUUUAAAAAGGUCUACGUCCUCAAGGCGAGUUUCGGUAAAACCUUUCUGCAAAUUACAGUGCUUACAUAAAUUUCCUUCCAUCUAUAACCGAGCCCAAUUAGCCUGCAGUGCAGGCGUUUUCAUCGGGCGCACGAAUGUUUUUGCUCGCGAAAGCGCCAUGUUGAAACUCCCGAAGAGAGGUUUCGCCCACCCAUAAUGCGCCUGCACUGCAGGCUAUACCCCAAUCGAUUUUGAGACGCAAAUUUCCCUCCAAGUAUAAGCCUAACCGAUUUUGAAAAACAAAUUUCCCUCCGUAUAUAAGACCCUCCGAAUAUAAGAACCUCAAAAAAGGUCUUUGAAAAAUAUAAGCCCUGGUGCUUAUUUUCGGAAUUUUGCGGUAAUGUUAUUAUAGUGAUUUGCCAUGCCUUUAUCUUGAGUAUCAGUUUUUUAGUAGUUUCUGGUGGCUCACGUUUAAAAAUUGUUGGAACAGCAUCAGCUUUUAUUAUUGGUUUCAUCUUUAAGCCUAAAAACUAAGUUAUCGCUCUUUGUGCUCCACAGCAGUCUUUAGUGAAAUGUGCGCUACAAAGUCUAGUUGAAUUCGUAGGCUCAGUGAGGUCGGAUCGAGUGAUUUUCACGGCUUUCGUCCAAAGUCUGGCAUAUUGGCGAUCACCAGGCCACUUACAGAGACUUACUCCGUCUUUGCGAGUGUUAGAACAUCUUCACGAAAUAUCAACCAUAAAAUCCUUUGUUGACUGUUCAAAACAGACCGGAAACAUAGAAGCCAUGUUGUGAAGUCUUGCGACCAGGAUCUUCUUUUACGUAAUUUACGGUUUCUAGCUGUAACACAAAAUUUGAAUUGCGUAACGAAAAUCUUUCCUCGUUUUCUGGCAAAUAGAGAAGGACUGGACAUUUUAUUUUCCCAAAAUCUUUUAAUGAGGCCAUAAGCUAUCUUUUCGUAAAAUUUGCCGUUUUGGGUAUAGAUUAUUCCUUUAAAGGGUUAUCUAAACCAGUUGGACGUUGGCUACAACAGCAUGCAGCAUACGAUCUGUUUUCAAGUCCGACACAACACUUAGAUCACACUAAGUGCGACCAAAGGAUGCUGUUGAUCCACAAAAACAAGAUGGAGUAGGGUAUAGGAAUCCUUGCGAAUACGAGAAAGUAUACAUUGACGAAACGGGAAGGUGCAUGCAUGAACGGAUUCAGGAGCACGAUGGGAAUAUACGGCUUUCACGAACUCAAACCUCAGCCGUUUUUCAACAGCCAAUAAGACCUGACAUUAUUCGCUUUGGGACGAGGUUAAGUAUAUUGGCCGAGACCCCCCUCACUGCAGUGGUAUUCUCGUAGAGUUAAAGAGGCUAUUUGCAUAAGACUUCACCCUUACAACAUCAACAGGGACAGUGAAAUUGAGAUUCUUGAAGCGAGGAUGCCUAAGAUGAGGUAACACAGCAGGCGAUCGCGAUAGCGGACCGCGGUGGGAACAGUUCCUCCUCUAAUAAUGCCCACAACGCUUUGGAUCGAAACCCACGAUUCAUGAGCGAGGUUCGUGAUUCACGAAUCGCUAACAACCAAGGUGGUACAAAUAGUCCUACUCAGUAACACUAUCGUCAACACUAACGUCUGAUGAAAGUCGAAGACCUGCAGUACGCGUUGGAAACGUCGCGAUUAAUAUCUAAGUGACAACCGUGAGACAAAACGAUUAACGGAACCCUUUAUAGUUUGAGCUCAAUCAGUUACUAAAUUUAAUGCUAAGAAGAGUAUAAAUUGCUCAGAGAGAUUUAAGGCUUCACUCAAUUGAAGUUGAAUAUAAGUUUUAAACUUUUCAAGCUUACAGGGAGCCAUAUGUCUUAUCUCAAUCUCCAACUACAAGUCCAGCCUAUUUUGGAUCGCAAAUUGGAGCCCCUUUUUUAAAUUUUUUUUUCCCUAAAAAUUUGUUGACAAAAGGCAAGAAACCUAUCUAAUAGCACUGUAGAGUGAGGUGAUUAUCCGCGGGUACACCUCAAAGUAACUAUUGUUUGUCACGUGACGUAGGUUGCAACAAGUUGCGAAGACUGCGUAUCUUGUAACGGUGAUUAAAAUAUGUUUUUUCACACCGUGUUUUACUGAGGAUUUUUGCGUUACAGCACCAAUAGCAGUUAACUAUGAUUUAGAAGUAUCAUGUAUUUAUAGUUUAGCCUGGAUUAUUCCUCAGAACGUCAUGGCUGAUUCUCUUCCGCCUUCGUUCACAGACAAAACCAGAGCUGUACUUAUCUGAGAUAAGGCCAAAGGAGACUGUUAGAUUAAAGGUACGAUAAAAGAAUAACUUCAAAUCACCCCAGAGCCAAGCGUGGCCGAUAUAAUUUAGACACAAGUUGUGUGAGUAGUAUGGUAGGUAUGUUUUACAUCUUCAUUGGGGUAGGAAUUUCAUUAAGGAGGGCAGGAAUAAUACAUUAACGUCGAUUAUUAUUCAUUCAAAAUAUUUCUCAGUUUCUGAUUGGCUAAAGGCACACGCAUAAUUCACCAUAACCAGCGACUGUUGACCAAAUUUGGAAGACUUUUGCGAUUAAUCAACCGAUGACGUCAAAAGUGCAGUACAGUUGCAGGUUAAUGCACCGUUAACAGAGAAGACCUGGGGACGAGGUUGAGUUGUUUUGGUUGUGAAAAGAAAAAUGGCCGACCAGUCGGUGGAACAUUUUACUCGUUUCACGACGAAUUAUUGUCUAAAAACAUAGCAAGAAGACAACUCGACGGACAACAUCUGCCAUUUGGAGUAUAUUUGCAGACUUGAAAAGUCCCUUAUCUUCUAAACAUGCACUAUCGAGGUGAACUUAACAUCGACGAAGGUAAGCAUGUUUUAGCUUGUUUUUAAAAUAGGAAUUAUUUUGAAUGAAUAAUAAAACAAUUAAUGAAUUCGGCUUUCGUAGGAUAGAAAGAAUUAUGCAGAUCUCAGAGGGUGUUAUCUACCUCGGCCGAUAACGCCCUCCUCGAUCUGCGUAUAUAAUUCUUCAUAUCUUACUCAGCUGCAGUCAUUAAUUGCUAAUUAUGUCACAGCCUUUUCUCUUUAUCCCAUGAAUGAAAUGCGGAGGAAUCUCAUUAAGAUAGGGAAAUGUGAGUUUAUUAGGCGGUUUAAUCCGUUGCACAGGUUUACCAGUUAUUACGAUGAAUGGCUCGCUUUUUGAUUGGUUGACUAAAAUCUAACAAAAGUAUUCAUUGGUUGCGUCAUAGUAUUGGCUGCGAGAACCUGGCAGAUGUCAUAAUGAUACCGUGCGGGCCUGGCCCCGAAAUAACUUAAGCAAAUAAGGCGACCUUAACACGUGUUCAAUACGCAGGACAAAUAGAACCCAAAUACAAACUGUUCUAUGGCGUCAGAAGCGGUAUAGCUCAAGAAAACAGGCAAUGGAUUUACAAGAAACAUUUCAAGACAGGAUACAGAUAUCUUUCAAGUCAAUUAAGCUUUAUAAAGCCCGAAUUCAACUCAAUCGAUCCGCUCGUUGACGCCAAAUCUGCAUAUAUAGUACUCGUGAAGUUCAAACAUAAGCCCAGCGAUAUCAACAAACACCUAUAGCUUCGAUUCGCCAUUCAAUUCGGUUUCGUAUAUAAUUUCAAAAUUAUAAAAUGGUAUUCGACUACGAACACGCUUCAGUCUCAAGGACCUGGUUUUGCCUCUUUGCGAGCAAAAUUGGCCAAGGGUUAUUCUUCAAAAGAUGAACUGCUUGCCCUACCACAAACUAGCAGCGCCGACAUGCUUUAAGUUGUUUUCAGUUCUUCGGAGGAAUUUUCAUCGGUCAACUCUGUACAAGGUUCAAGACUUUUAAUUCCUCCAUCAGCGAUGGCUCCCUGCAAGGUUUGUUCUUCAGUAAUAUCAGAUUUGAAAAACCUUGAGCAUCGAUUUAAUGAUUUUCGCCAUCUAGUUUUAUCGAAGAUAAAUAUGCGAGCAGGUUUGCCACUUGAGGAGAACGAUCAGACACAAAGGGAAGGUGAUGCAAAGCUCAUUAACACCCUUAAACAAGAGAAUGAGGACUUGUGCAAUGAAGUUAAAAUGCUAAAAGAGUUGCUACUCGAGGAAACAGCUAAACGGGUAAAAAUUUCUGACAAACGUAACUUGUAUAGAACUGCCCUUCAAGUUCUAAAGAAUCGGGUAGUCAGAAUCGUGAUCAACUCGACGUAAAUUCUUUUGAAACAGUGAAACCCCGAAGACCAAACAGAAAUGCUCGAACAGGCCAAAAAGAUCUCAGUUAAUUCAACUAAUCGUUUCGUAUCGCUCGAUCAGGAGGAUAAUAUUUCCCACUAAAAUGCUGAUCGGCACCUUGAUAGGGCACAAAACAACUUUACAACUGUGCUAGUUGGCGACUCCAUGAUCAAGCAAAUACACGGAUGGAAUUUGGGCAAGAAAGUGGUUCACCGUGAAUUUUACAAUCAGAACAAGCGGCAACUUGUCCAGCAUCAGAACAUUACGUCUAAUGACCUAAAUAAGAGUGGACUUCUGUAAAAUGAUAAAGUUAAUAAUGUUCUUUAAUAAUUUAGUUAAUUGCUUACAUACUUAUCACUGACCUGUUAUUGAUACAUACGUUUUGCCGUCUGGAUCGCCUAAUGACCACAGACUUAAAUCACCUAGUAAAAAUAAUGAAUGGUCUACUCUAUAUAAACUGCGAGGUUUUAAAAUGGCAGCACUAAAUGUUCUAAGUUUGAUGUUGUAUAUAGACGAAAUUAGGAUCAUACUUCAGCAUGGGGUACUUCAUAUUUUAGCCCUUAACAAAACUAGGCUUGAUCUGAGUAUUCCAAAUGAAUACGCUCUGUCUCUACUUUUAGGGUCAUGUCGCUUGUCGGAAUUUAUCCUGGCAGGGCCUGUGUAAAUCUUGAAAACGACGUUAAUGCGAUGUGGAUGUGUUGGGCAACAAUGUUUCUAGACGGUUUGGAUUAGCAGGCCCCAAUUCGAACAAAGGGAGUUAGAAACAAAGGAGCCAGUCUCCCCCGGGAGAGACCGUCUCAAGUGUAUAGCUACAAUAAAGAGAACCGAAGAUAAUUGGAAUCUAUAUAAAUCCGCUUGAAAUGUUGUAAAGAUUGCUUUGCGAAAAGAAGAAUCGAAUUAUUAGGCUAAUCAACUUGACAAUGAAUGUGGCGAUCCAAAGCAAGCAUGGAGAAUCGUCAAUUAUAAUAUUCUCGGGCGAGAUGAGCAACAGCAUGAUACUAUUGGUGAAAUUAAGUUAUAAAACCACGUAGUUCCAUCCCGGAAGAUAUUGCUAACUAGUUUUCGAACAUUUUACUAAUAUUGGCCGGUCAUUUGCUGAAAAAAUCAAUUAUCCAGGCUGCGAUCACGAUAAGUUUAUUCCCAGGUCAGAUAGUUCUUUUCAUAUAAGACUGUUAAUGUUUUUGAAGUCUAUAAGCUUCUCAGUUCUUUGUCGCUAUCGAAAGCCAUGGGAAUAGAGAAAAUUUCAGCAAAAUUAACCGCCCCAGCGAUUUCCUGGCCUUUAAUGGUAAUAAUUAACCAUUCAAUUACCUCACGAAUAAUGCCUUGCGAAUGGAAGAUAGCUAGUGUUACGCCCUUCACAAGAAGGGUCCACGAAACAUGCCUGACAACUACAGACCAAUUUUUUCCUGUAAUCAGCAAAAUUUAUGAAAAGAUUUUAUAUGAACAACUAACGGAAUACGUAGAAAAUGAAACUAUUUUGACUGAUCACCAGUUUGGUUUCAGACGGUUUCACUCGACUGCGUCGGCUUUGUUAGAUUGCACAAAUAAGUGGUAUGUCAACAUGGAUCGUUGCCUUUACAAUAUGGGUGUUUUCCUAGAUCUUAAAAAAGUGUUUGAUAUUGUGAACCAUGAGAUACUUUUAAAUAAAUUCGUGGCUUAUGGCAUCACAGAUAGUGCGCUUGACCUGCUGAGUUCUUAUUUAACAGAUCGUAAGCAAAAAUGUCAGGUGAAUGGUAUCUCCUCUCAACUAAGGAAGAUACAUCGCGCGGUUCUGCGGGAGUCGAUCCUCGGACCUCUCCUAUUAAUAUAUAUAAAUGAUUUACCUAACUGUUUGGAAUAUGCCACACCUAGGCUUUUUGCAGACGACGAGAGCAUAACAGUCGCAGGAAAAUUAGUUAAUGAAAUAGAAGUGACGUUAAACCAUGAUGUAGUUAACAUGAAAAAUUGGCUGGCAGCUAAUAAGCUGAACCUUAACUUAGCUAAAACUGAAUAUAUGCUUAUUGGCCCCAAACCAGUAAUUAAUACUCUAGAACUACCACACAUUUUCAUUGAGAAUGAUCAUGUUGAACGAGUUCACAAGAUCAAAAUUCUUUAUGUACAUAUCGAUGAAUCUCUUACAUGGGAAAAACAUCGAUGAAAUAACCAAAAAAAUCUCGUGUGCAAUCAGCGCAUUCAGAAGAUUAAAGGAUUUUGCAGAUCGCGAAACAUUAGUAUCUGUAUAUAAUGCGCUGGCUCAACCUCACUUUGACUAUUGCUUCGAAGUUUGGGAUUCACUUGGGGAUGGCCUUGACCGACUUGCAGAGGCUUCAGAAUAGAUGUGCAAGAGUGACUAUGAACUGCAGAAAGGAGACUGGUCAAUCAGAAAGUGCCAUGCGAGGCCGAGGUUGGAUCUCUCUUGCCGAACGAAGAACCAAAAACAAAGCUAAAGUAAUGUGUAGAAUUCUUCAUGGCUUGACACCAGCCAGACUAUCAAAUAUCUUUACAGAAGCCCAAGCAAUCAAUAGUAAUGAUAAUCUUAGAAAUUCAACUUAAAGGGUUGCCCUUCCUUUACCCAAAAGAGAUUCCUACUAAAACAGGGCAAGUUAUAAUAGAGCUAAGAUAUGGAAUGAUUUACCAGAGGAGAUCCAAAGUUGUGAGACUCUUGCGUCAUUUAAAGCUAAAAUGAAAUCCCAUAGGCCUUAAUUAGAACCUUGAUAGAUAAUACGUCUUGUUAGUAUUUUUAUGUUUAUGUUUAUGCGUAGUAUAAAAUUUAUUUUAGAUUCUAUCGCUCUCUUUUAGAAUACUUAAUGUAUGGAGUAUAAGUUUUACAAUAUUUGUAGCGUUUACCUUAGAUUGUACAAAUUCAUAUUUUGUAUUUACUAUUUACUAGUUAUCGAUUCAUGCACGCCCCUGAUGGAAACCAGCUUUUGUGGAUUUAGGCUAGCGUGGAAAAAUAAAGUUGUUCUUAUUUUCUUAUCUUCUCUUAUCUCUUAAAUGUCAACCAUGGACAAGUUUACGGCUCUCUCGAUGGACUGGACGACUCCCGCAGACCUACCCAAGAGGUUUAAAAUUUUCAAACUAAAAUGCCACCUUAUCCUCGACAACUCCUUACCAAACAAAGCGGGGGAUAAAUAGGCGAGAUUGCUUUUACUUUAGGCCGGCGAUAAAGGCCUAGAAAUCUAUAUAAUACAAUUACAUGGUCAAGUGACGAGGACCAACUCAAACUAGAACCAAUAUUUGACAAAUUUGAAGCAUACACACAACCCCCCAGAGCAAUCAAUUCGUAUCAAGAUACCAACUACGAUGCCGGAAACAAAGAGACAUGCCCCCAGGAGAAUUUCAGACUAAGGCCCGAACACUGGGUGACGACAGCGGCUACGACCAUGCAUUAAAAGAGGAAACCCUCGGGAACAAGUUGUUGUUUGGAAGGAAGGAUGCCAUUUCCAAAGGAAACUCUCUCACUUUUCAAACAAGUCUAUGACCUAGCCAAGACAGAGGAAAGCACGAAGGCGCAAAUUCAAGCAAUUGCACAGGCAGGCCAUGAUGCAAGUAAACACUCUGUGAGAAGAAAAAAGAAGCCAGAUACAUCCACAGCUUUAACCGAGCAUAUGGCAUCGGCGCAAAUCGACGGAAGGAUGACUCGCGACAGCAAGUACCACCUGCAGACAAGUCCAGGUUCAAAUUGAAAUUCAAUGGAUGUUUCAGGUGUGGGAAUAAACAUAGUAUUAAUGAUACUUGCCCAGCUGCCCGUGCUAAAUGCCAAUACUGUGGGAAAACAGGUCAUUUUCAGAGAGGGUGCAUGAAGAAACGACCAAGACAAGUGAAAGUCAAAGCAGGCGUGCAUGAUGAAUCUGAAAAGCGCGAAACAUCCUUGAAGCUUUUUUCCACAAAAGAAGCCUAUUCUUCUAUACUUGAUAAAAGCUUCUCAGCACCCACUGCUGAAGGCAGAAUUCUAGAUCAUGGAUUCACCAAAGAGGAAAUUCCUUACAUCUACAUGCUCCCGUUUAAAAUCUUGAAAGAACCAAAAUUGACCAUGUUCCAAGUCAAAAUUAUUCACAACAUUUUACCUACCCAAUCUAGCCUCUUCCGCGCGCGCAUAACUGAUACUGAUGUUUGUCCUUUAUGCAACCUUGAAAGUCAAUCUCUAAAACAUAUGUUAAUUACCUGUAGUGUAUCCUCUUCGUUUUGGACUUGUUUUUCUAACUGGUGGCACGAAAAAUUUAAUCAAAAACUGACUUUAUCUGAAAGCACUAUUUUAUAUGGUUGGCACAAACAAUCAAAUAACUGUGAAGUGCAUAAUUACUGUUUGAUUUUCGCCAAAUGUAAUGUUUUUGCUACAAGCGUACGCAACGGCGUCCUGGACUUUGACAGUUUUCUGCUGCGUCUCAACAACAAAAUUGAUAUUCUUCGCACCAUAGCUUUUAGAUCUAACUGCUUAUCGCAAUUCCAAAAAAACAUGGGACAAACUUCUUUAGAUACGUGAAUGCUAGUGUCAUUUCCUUCAAGCUACACUUUACUGCUAUACUGUUUCACUUAUCAGGUUUGCGUCUUUUUCCUUUGAAUUUAGUUUGUUUGUUUGUUUUUUUUUAGUUACAAAUUUAGUUUGUUUUUUGCCAUAUAGAUAUAUAUAUUUUCAUAGUUAAAAUAACAAGUAUUUGUAAUUAAUUUUUUUCUUGUCAAUAAAAAAAAAAAAAAUAAUAAAAUUUAGGAAAGGAAAAUUAAAAACUUUAUAAAAAAGUAAAAAAAAAAAAAAAAAAAAAAAGAAAGAAAGAGAUUGUACAAUGCCCAGAAUACAGAGACCAGGAAAUAUACCUGCAAACGAUCAGGUAAACGGCGAAAAGACACGGAUUAUGAUGAAGGCAGCGAUGACAACUCUGAACCAAUUACAGUAGGCCUUGGUACUGUUACGUCUUACAAUGCAGUGCAUAGUAUGAGUAUUUACCCCGAGAGUCAAGAGUAACGAUACCCGCUGCAUCCCAGUGAAGGUUGAUUCUGGAGCAGACACUUGUUUCUUGAUUGCGGGUGACCUACAAAAAACUCGGUCUUUGUCUGGACUUCAAGCCCUGCAAUGCUGUUCUGAAGAGAGGAGGAAACACCAUAUUCAACUUAGGUAUUUCCAGCUUCAAGAUAACCUUUAAAGGCAAUUCAGCUUCCGCGAAGUUCAAUAUUGUCGAGGCCCCAGGCCACCCAUCCAUAAUCAGCUGACGACUCUGACCUAUCAGUCAUCUUAUAGGAAGAAUUAUAGCACAGAAACAGCGUUGCUGAGAGUGAAAAAUGACAUCUUGCUGAACAUGAACAAACAGCAUGUAACACUACUGGUUUUAUUAGAUCUUAGUGCGGCAUUUGAUACUGUGGAUCACAGUGUUUUACUCAGUCGGCUUCACUCAAAAUUUGGUAUAUCUGGAACGGCACUUGAAUGGUUCCGUUAAUACCUUAAUGGAAGAUCUCAGCGUGUUAUGGUCCAAGGAAAUUUAUCUCAGCGUUUGAAUUUGGACUUCGGAGUACCGCAGGGCUCUUGCCUCGGGCCAUUGCUUUUCACGAUUUAUGUAAGCAAAUUGUUUGAUGUUAUCAAGGUGCACCUUCCCACGGUUCACUGCUACGCUGACGACACGCAGUUGUAUGUGUCUUUCAGUCCAAACAUGAGCACCGGGCAAUUUGAGGCUGUCACUGCUAUACAGCACUGUGUGGAUGAUAUACGUAAUUGGAUGACCAAUGAUAAACUACUUCUCAAUGACGAUAAAACAGAAUUCCUAAUGAUUGGUACCAAGCAACAACUAGCCAAAGUUAAUAUUGAUCAUAUUUUAAUUGGAGACUGUGUAAUUAGACCAAAGGGGGUAGUUAAGAACUUAGGGACAUGGUUAGACUCGACUCUUUCAACGAAUUCUCAUGUAAAUAACACUUGUUCCAAUGCUUUUUAUUACUUGUAUAAUAUAAGAAGAAUUAGGAAAUAUCUUUCUAGGCGGUCCACUGAGACGCUCAUUCACGUAUUUGUCUCAAGUCGUGUCGACUAUUGUAACAGCUUGCUCUAUGGCCUGCCAGCUUACCAGCUUAAUAAACUACAGAAAGUCCAAAAUGCUGCCGCUAGGUUAAUUUUCCUGGAAUCUAAAUACUGCCAGGUAAGACCGUUGCCGUUAAAUUACGAAUUGACUUUAACAUAUUGUUGUUAACGUAUAAGGCUAUCAAUGGCUUAGCGCCUUUUUAUCUCCAGGAACUUAUUGGUCUUAAAGAAGCAUGUAAAUACAAGUUACGCCCCGAUUGUGAUGGACUGCUACUAAACCCUUUGAAAUUCAAGACUUUAACAACGUUAGGAGAUCGAUCUUUUACUGCUGCUGGUCCUCAACUAUGGAAUUCAUUGCCCUAUUCAAUUAGGAGUAGCCCCUCAGUAGCAUCUUUUAAAAAGACACUCAAGACAUUUGUAUUGCAGAGAGUUUUUUUGUGUUUUUAUUUGCUUUUUAAUCUCGUUUUUAAUAGGUUUUAUGCAGUUUUUACGAUUUAAGUAGUCUAGGUAAUUUUUAUAGUUUUAGUGUUGACAUAAUUGUUUUACUUUUUUUGGUAGGUUCAUGCACUUUUUGCAUGUAUACUUUAUGCAGUCUUAGAAUUUUUUUAAUAUUUUUACUUUUAAGCGCUGAUGAAAAUAGCAAUAUUGAUAUCGGCGCUAUAUAAGUAUUAUUAUUAUUAUUGUUAUUAUUAUUAUUAUUAUUAUUAUUAUUAUUAUCAUCACAACUUUAAACAUCCAGGAGCACUGCACCCCUCAAGCGCGACCCCAAGAAAAACCAGGUGCCUUCGUGAUGAGCCUUUCAAAAUCUACUGUGUUCGAGGAAUACAAGGAUUGUUUUGACAAGAUCGGCAUAUUUCCAGACGACAAAUAUCACGUCCAGCUUAUAGACAACCCUAAGUCAGUAGUCCACCCACCGCGCUCAGUACCGGUUCACAAAUUACCACUGCAUAAAAUGGUAUAAAAUGGUAUGAAUUGGAUAAGAUGAUCGCAGGCGACAUCAUCGCAGACGUGACAGAGCCGACCGAUUGGGUUAACUCGAUUUGUCUGCAAUGUCAAAGAAAAAUCAGAUGGAAAGAAGAAGGUCAGACUGUGCCUUGACCCUAUAGACUUGGAUAAGAACAUUGGGCGAGAGCAUUACUACAGCAGGAGAAUUGACGAAUCCUUCUCCUUCUUCAUGGAAAAGAAUAAAUCUCCGUAGUGAACACGACUAAAGGCUACUGGCACGUAGAGAUUGACCCCGAUUCUAGCACGCUAUGUACUUUGAAUACGCCAGUUGGUCGUUGCAGGUUCAAACGCCUACCGUUCCUCAUAGUUGUGUCCCAAGACAUCUUCCAACGAAGAUUGGAUGACAUUUACAGGAAUAUACCUAAUGUCACAGGAAUCAUAGAUGACAUCAUCGUUUUUGGUUCCACACAAGAAGAGCGUGACGAAACCUUCCUAAACAUGUUAACUGCCACUCGAGUCAACAACUUCAGCCUCAACUCAGGGAAACUCCAGUUCAAGCAGCAGAGUGUAGAUUUAGAAUCUUUCUCCACAGACUUAUUUCUAAGUACCUUCAUUUAGCAAAAGUCAAACGAAACUGAAUAUUGACCUAACUUGUUAUGAAGCUCCAAUAAUGUCUUGCAAGGCCACGGGAGUUUUUAACCUCACAAUUGCUGAUGUCUUGGAUUCUCGCAGGUCGGGAACUACAUUUUUAUCCAGCAAAAUUUGUAAUUAUCUCUGUUACUCUCGUUCUAGAAGUUCCUGCAGUCCUUGAGUUAAGUGGUCGUAACCAACUAAUGUGUGUGAUGUCCACACUGACUGGAAAAUCCAACUCCGAUGCCGCUAUGUUCGACGCUUCAUUUCUUUUAGCCACGACCUUAUCCUCAGCAAUCCUUCGAACGAAUUUACAGAUCACAGCAUUCGGUCUGUUGAAGUUGUGCGAGGAGGAACUCGAUGAGCGAUAUCAAAAUCAUUAAAUUUGCUGUAACAGAAAAAAGUUUUCGGCAGAUUUGCGUUGUUUAUUCGGAGGUUUCGUUCUCUGCUACGACCGGUAAUCGAACGAUUUUAACGUUGUAUUGGUAACAAAAGUGAAGAGAUUUCGCACUUCGAUCGCAAAUUAUAGAUAUCUCAUCAAUUAUCUUUGUCAGCCGCAGGAUUUGUUUAGUGGCAGCAAUUUUUAAAGAAGUAAAGCCGUCAAACUGAUCAGACAUAAAUUAUACAGAAUGUUCUUUGCCUGGUGACAUUUCCUCGUCAUCUUCUGUCCAGUAUGCUCCCCGUUGUUAGUUGAAGCUUGCAGCUGCGCUUGCGAAAUUUCUUCAGUAAUUUUCUUCAAUUGGUUCUUUAUAUCAGACGUUUUUUUUUUUUUUUUUUUUUCGUAACGCUUGGUUUUCUUUCCUUAGUUUUUCUGUCCCGGUAAUAGUUGAAAUAUUUAGUAAAGAACCUAUAGCGAUCUACAACACGUCCGACCAGGACGCUCUCGGCACCAGUAAUGCAUUCCCUUGUUGAGACCGACCACCCACCACUAACAGAGAUCUUCAAGAAAAACAUCGCCGACGCUCCUGCACGACUGCAAAGACUGCUCUUGAGAUGCCUGAAAUUUGAAAUUGAACUCAGGUACCGGCGCAAAGAAAACAUCCCUGUCACUGAUGCCCUGUCACUCAUGUGUCUGAAGAAAGAAGAACGUACCUUUGCGAGUCAGAAUAGUGAGUGGUGCAAACCUGACUUCAACAUCCAGGUCCUAUCCUAUGAGCAUCGAUUUGGUGAGGUCAGCGCUAGCAAGCAAAGGAUCAGUCAAAUACACGUGUUAAAAAAUCACCUACAAAUGGAUGGCCAAGCCAAAGGAUUGAGUGCCCAAAGGAAUUAUGGGAAUACUGGAAUCACAGGUGUGACCUAACCUUGGAGGAUAGCCUGAUUCUCAAAAGCGAUAGAAUAGACAGAAUCUGCGAGGAUAGGUUCUGGAUUUAAUUGACAACAGCCAUCAAGGAGAAAGGAAAUGCCUGUUUCUUGCUAGGCAGUCUAAAUUCUGGCCCAGCAUCUCAAGUGACAUCCACCAGAUAGUAAAGCGUGUGAGCCGUGUAACAGGUACCAACAAGCACAACAGAGACUACCAACAAUCCAACCCAAUCCAACUACCUACGAGAUCAUGAUAGAAGCUGUGCACUGAUAUCUUCGAGUUCAAUGGACCAAAAUACCUGAUGAUUGUGGACUAUUACUCAAGGUGUCCUAUCGUUAGGCCCCUUAAUUACAUGUCAGCGUCCACCAUAUCAGAUCAUUUCACAAGCGUACUUGCAGAAUACGGCCUACCAUCUUUCAUCGUGGCUGAAUUUGGAAGCCAGUUCAUUAGCAAGAAAUUCAAGAACUAGUGCAAACAGAGUUGCAUCAUUCUAGCUUCUAGUUCUCCCUACCACCAUGAAGCAAAGAGCCUAUCAGAUCAGACAGAUUAUUAAGUUAUUAUUACCUUCAAGUCCAUAUGGAAAAAAGCAAUUGAAAGUAAGCAGUGUCCUCAUGCCCUCCUUUGGAUGUACAAAAUCACUCCCCUCGAUGAUCAUUUGCCAUCACCUUACGAGCUUCUGUUUGGCAGAGGGCCAAAGGCAGUCCUUUCAAGCAGUGAUUCCAGUGUACAAUCACAGAAUCCUAUCAAAGAUCAUCACCGAGAAGCCAAUUAGUGGAAACAAACAAAGCAGUCAGGUUUCUACAAGGGGCAACAAGCUGUGAUAAACAAGCCUUCAGCAGCAACGAGCCAGUGUACGUCUGAAACUCGCUCAAGCACAUCUGGGAACUCGGCAAGGUCUUUAACCUCCCGAAGCCUAGCAGGGAACCAAAAACAUGCAUAGUUGAAAUAAAAGGCAAACUUUACCAGCGAACAAGGGGAUAUUUGCGACCACGAGUCAUCCAGACACCCCGUAGAACUUCUAGGUAGAACGCUGUAUACGCCCCCGUACCAGUCAUUUCCCAAGAGACACCGAGAGUGGUGGUCAUUCAGCCCACAGCUGAAAUGCAAGUGACUCCACACUCAAUUGAGACAACUGCCUCAGCCUCAUCUGCGGUACCCGCGGUAGGACCCGAAACCGACAAGCUGCCUCAACACAGUCAGCGCUACGCGCCGUGGAACCCCAUACCAUUCAAGUCCCUAUAGUUCACUCAAAUCCGGGACAGACUCCGAAUUAGUCUUACUUCCAACAGCGAAGCCACACGACAAGGUCUGGGCAAAAGACUCAGGUCCCAACAAAGGUUAAGGAGUAAUGAUCACUCCUUGAUCAGCAAUUUUAUUCUUAGGGUUUGAAUGUUUCACGCUAAAAUGACUACUAGCGAACAUUUGACAUUUUGUUUUAGACUUAAGCUUAAGCUUCGUUAUUGUUGAAUUUUAGCGUUUGCUUACUUUUUUUUCUACAUCUGUACAAAACGGGGGAUUGGCAGAUGUCGUAAUGGUACCGCGCAGGCCUGGCCAAUAUGGCAAUCACGUUGUGUUGAAUACGUAGGACAAAUAGAACCCAAACACAAACUAUUUGAGGUUGAGUCAUGUUGAGGAGGGAAUAAGAAUCGCUCAGGCGGUUGUAACGUAAUUAUGCAAGUCCUAUUUCCUGCCGCUUUCAUUGUCCAAACUAUCAGAGGAUACUCAGAUUGAAUCCUUUCCAGCUUUUUUGGGAAACAUGAUCUGUGCGUUUCUCUUGACACUGAUCGGGAAAAAAAAAGUACUCCUAGUUUGAAAAAUUCAUGUUCGGUUUCUUCGUUGCUUUUCUCAAAACAAAAUCUUAAAUUGCACUGAUUUUCUUAAAAUGACGUUUAUGGAUUCCGUUAUGUAUUAUUAUUCUCAUUAUAAAUAUAAAUUAUAAUUGGCCCAAGGCUCACCUUUAUCUUUAUCAUAUAUAUAUAUUUUUUGAAAAAGCUAAAGGAUAAAGAAUAUUGAUUCCCUAAUAAGACUCUGUUUAUCUUAGAUGGAAACUUGUGUUGUAUUUCAGGUUACACCAAUGUAUGAAAACAGAUAUAUCCAGAAGAUAGAAAGUGAAGUAAUGGAAACUGCACCAGGUUAGAUAAUAACGACCAGAGGAAAGCAUUGAUUGAGCUUGUGGAAGCAGACUUAAACCUUGAGUGCGCUGACCCUUUUCCGUUAAGCCGAAAAGGACCGUACAAAACCUAUUUACAAGUUUAAUGACGACGGUUGGCACAUAUGAGCGGAGACAUCAUUUUUUUCACUGUUACAUACUGAUCCAAGUAUUGCAAUAAUCGAUUCCACCAUUUAUUGCAGUCGUAAGUAGGAAAACUUGGCCUUGUACUACGAAUUUACGUUUGCCCUAUGACGUAAAAGCGAUUUUAAACGGAGACAUUAAGACACGUUAAAGUGAACAGGUAGGGGUUAUCCAGGCACAUAUCCAGGGUAGUUAACAUUUACAUGGGGAAAUCAAAAAAUGUGGUAAGAAAAUCAAAUGGUUCGCGCCAUUCCGUUUGGGAAGUUUCUCUUUUUCAGUCUGUUCAGCUGAUUCGGAGAUACUUUGUGGUAGGUCGUUCCCCCACCACCUCAAAUUCUAUAGUUUUAUGUUUAUGCACAAAAUUUCCACUGGGUGGUUUGCGUAAAUGGCAAGCACCCCUACAUUACCUUGUAGAACGAUUGGGGAAAUCAUGGUCUGCUUAAAAAAAAAACCUACGUGGCAAACAUGUUCUCCUACCCGUAGGCAAACGCGGUGAAUCCUAAGGUUCCUAAUUUCUAUAUUAUCUUUCCCUAACUUUGAAAUGCAAUACAACACCACUUACCUAGCACCAAGGGCGGAGCUGUUAGCAGUUCGUGGACUGAAGAACGAGGAACUAGUUCCCAGUUCCUCUACCUCAUUCAGCACGGUAGUAAAAUGGGAGAAACCACUUUUUACACUAAGCAACGUCAGCUAUUACGUAUACGGUACUACCGAGGAAAUCAAGGGGCAGAUGAAACGAAGAGCUAUUCGUCUCAACAACGAAAAUACAACGGUGAGUUACUUUUUUGUUGCUGCUGUCAGUAAGCCGACAUAUGAGAGCAUUAACUGCGACGAAACUUUGAAUAAUUCAAUUAUACCAAAUUCGAUUACACGGUCAUUCCAAAUAGGAAUUAAAGGCGCCUGUCCGUAAAAAUCAAACAUAUCGCGGCAAAGGUUGAAAAUUCGAUUGUAUUUCAUUUAGAUUUCAUGUUAGAUAGGCUAGGGUAUAACUAAAAUAACUGUAUGUUUUUUUUUUCGGUGAAAUAUGUUUUUAUUUCAGAGGUAAAAGGAAGAAACCAAAAUCCGUUCAAAUUGCCAUUUGAGGCGCUCAACUAUUACACGGGUUUGAGAGCCUCGCGUGCAAAUAAAAACAAAUCAUUUUACCGAAUUUAAAAUAUUGUUACAGUCAUCUUUUAAAACUUCUAAAUAUCUGUGAAAAUGAUUUUGGAAAACAGUUCGUUGUUCUUUGUAUUCAGAAUAAUUCAAUUUCGAAGGCAUACAGUUUACUUCAACAAAAGUUAGGUGUGAAAGAAAAAUUCACAAUGCGCGAAACAUUCAAAUCGACUAAGCUUCUGCUGGUUGAAUGUUAGAAGGACGAUCUACAGACUACUGUAAAAAAAAAUAAAAAGGGCAAAUCAUUACGAACGACGCGAGAGCUUUUCAAAAUUCUUGAAAAUGCAGAUAUUUGACCUUUUGCGGUCAACUGACGCCGGCUUUGACGUUGCGAGUCAGACCGGCACAUGCAAAACGCACAUUAAUAGCUAAAAAUGAGCAUGUGGAAAAAUGAUAAAAAAGUUUAAACCGUACAAUCUGCUGUAAAAGAUGGGUCCUAAACCAUUUUCGCACGAUUCUCGCGGUCGUUCGUCGCAUAAAGUGCAACGUGUAAUUUACACUCGUUAAAAACAAUGAUCAUUCAUUUUAUUAUUCACUCAUUCAUUAAUGCGUCUAUGAUUGGUUUAAUUCGCCUAGCAAAUUCUUCGUAACCAGGUUGCGUUGACCAAAUUAAUCUGGAAGACGUUUGCCGACAGCAGUUGUACAGAAAUCGAGAGAAAAGGGGAAGGGGGAACGCGCGGUAGUUCAGCUGUGUUGGCAGAGCGUCAAAAUUUCUGGAAGAUUUAACUCACACGUUUACGAAGACAAAAUAGCCGUACUACUGGCCAAAAACAUAGUAAUGAUAGCAAAAAUACGGAUGAACGGACGAAGAAUGUCUACUAGAAUAAACAUCUAUUCAUAAGUUAAAACUGCCAAGGAACAGACAAAUAUUUUGAAGACUGAAACUUUACAAAUGGGUCGAGGUAAGCAUGUUUUGUUGAAACUGGAAAUGAAAUAAAAUAAUUAUUAGAUUCGGCUCUACAUGGUAUGAAGAAUUAUGCAGAUCGAUGGAGGGGGAUGGGGGGAGGGUUGUGCGAUGAGGGAUUACCCGCCCAUAAUUAGGGCUAGGAGACAAAGGAAAUUUAAAAAUAUACAUAUUUACCUAGGUAAAAAAUUUUUCCCUGAAGUUAAUUGUGACCUAUUACACAAAGGAAGCAAAAUAAAAACGGGUUUUUAUAGCAGUUUUCGUUCCAAUUUGCUUGUUUGUUUCAUUGUAUAUUCGUUACAGACAGAAACCAGUGUCAAAAUAGAUGGAAUUUACCUUAACGAGAGGGUCGAAUUUCAGGUGAGUGGAUGAAGGGUGGCCUACUAAGUUUGAGUCUUUGCAACUCUGCAUUACUAACAAAUUUUGUUUAAUAUCGUUAGGGCCGAAAUUUUACAUUGUUAUUAACAGUAUAAUCUUCUCUGUGAGAAAUUAUUUAAUAGGAAAUUCCUUAGAACUAACAAAACUGGGCAUCUAACCUAUCUCAAACAAGUUGCGCAUUUGUAGUCCGCUCUAAACUCAGGUCACGCUUGAUUGAUCUUAAUUCUGAAUAAUUUGGAUCCCCUUCAAACAGGUAGUCUGGUAACUCUAGGGGUUUGGCUAUUGGGAAGAGGCGAUUAUUACUUUAAUAAGCACCUGUUUAAGAGAGGGUGCCAUUUAAAAGGCUCUUAUUCUAGUAUCUAACCAAAAAACCCUUCUCUCCCAAACUUGGAUGCUGCCCGUACAAAUGACUUACUAAACGCUUCAGAGCACGCGGGCAUCAAAACCAGAAUGCAUGGGCACCAAUAUCCGAUUUGUCGUUGAGAAGGUGGUCCCUUAAUAUGCUUUGAAUUAUCCAGUGCUAGUGGGCAUUUACUGAGUUUUUAUUUGUCCUUUUUGUUAAACGAAUGAAAAAAUUUGUCAGUUUCUUUAUUUUUUGGUUUAUCCAUCUGGUUAAUUAGUUUGUGAGUUAGUUUGCUAUUAAGUAUUGCAAAUGUGAUUAGAGUGAUAUUAUUAGAGUGGCUGUAGUCAAAACCCUGACCAUGGAAUGCCGUCUUUUUUCUUUUCAGGUCACUCCUGUUUUCGACGCGUCCGUCGUAACGGGAGUUGCUGCUAAGAUUUCAAUUGUUAGAACAGAACCAAGUAAGAAAUUUGUGGCGUAUAUAUUGUAUGUAACUGUCCUCCAACCAUGAAAAAAAAAAAACAACAACAACAACAACAGGAAUGAUAAAGUCGGUCAGAAUCUUCAAGAUUGUGAUCUUGUUCCAUCUUCAGCGAGAUUUAGGACUUCAGUGAAUUUUGGCAGUCUGGUUAGCAGUCUGCAAUCGGCUUUAGCGGAAUACUGCGAGUUUCAAACGUCGAGCUUGUCGUGGUAAACCACAAACCAGCGACGACUUCUAACUGUAACAGUUCUAUACAAAUUUGAGCGGUACAUGAGCUUGCUGACAAAGCUCAACACUGGUUUAAUGUACGAAGAAUAUUUUAGACAGAGGAUCACUGAUAACUGUGAACUAGGCCUGUUUCCUUAUUAGUCGGAUAUUUGUUGUUGUUCCUGGCCUUUGCUGUGACAAUGAGUGAACAUAAGGCGACUAUAGAUCACUGUAAGUAAAGCCCUCAAAGACUAUUUUCAUUCCCAGCUGUAAAUUGGCUAGUUAGCGAAAUGUGCUUUAAGAAGAUAAUGAAACCAACUGGAAAAGAUUUCUUCCAGGUACUUUCUUCUUUUGUUUUAAAUAAUAAAUUUUGAUAGUCUGAUGAUGAGUCUCAAAAAGAUCAUUUUUCCCGAAAACCAAAGCUUGGAUCUAAAUUAUGUGAUACAUAUCUUAAGUUGUUUUCUGUUGAUAAUGAUCUAUUAGGCCUGUUGCUUGCUCUCAAUUAACCCUCAUCCUACCAAGUGGGGUCCAAUGAAACCCCAGGUGAUUAUCAACAUUUACCAUCGCUCACAUGGUUGGACAACGUGUUCGAGAUUUAAGCAAUUUGUCCUCAUGUAUCACCUACUCUUUUUCAUGUUCAAUCAAAACCACAUUUUCAGAAUGAAAAACAAACGAAAACAUAUUCACAAUUCCCCACAGAAAAAUAGAUUAGUUUGUCACUCAAAAGAUGUCAGUCUCGAAGAGCCUUCGUGCAAGGAACGAAAAUAACAUUUGCAGUAAAACCUAUGUGUAAACUCGCGAGCCUGAUCAAUCAAUCAACAAAAAAUCUCACCUUCUUCGACCUCGACAGCAGUUGUUUGAUGAAAUUAAAGAAGAAAAGCUUUAAACUUGACCAAAAAACUAUAAACUUAUAAAGCUCAAGGUGGUUAGCUUCGCAGACAGUGCUUCAGCAAACAGCGUGAGAAGAUAAGGUCAUUACGAGUCUUCCUGGUCAAAACACACUAUAGACAAGACUUUUCCCUAUAAAUACGAUUAAGGCUGUUCAUAAUGUUACCUUUCCGGCAGUCCAAAAACGUGCGAAAUACGAAAACCGGAAGUAAUUUCCACUUGCAUAGUAACCGCGAGUAACCAAGCAACGAGAUACGGUAAUGGGCCCUUAAGGUUUAAUAAGCAUUAGUUUUGUUAUGGGGUCUGUUUUGACCUUAGUUGGCAUGAUUUGUAUGCAAAAUAGGUUGGUAGGAUGUUGGUUAAAAAUUACCAAACAAGCUCUUGACAGCUCCUUUUUGCUACUCUUUGAGCUAUUUCACGGCGGUGGCCGCUGUUCCCAGUCUCAGAUGUCGCGUUUCCCUUGUCCAGCGGAAGGAAACGAAAUUUUACGGCAGCAAGAAAGUUAGGAAAGCAAAACGUUAGUAACGCCUGACACCUUGUACCUAUAUUCAUUCGCUGUUACUGCUUGAUCACGACACCGUCAAAUUUUCUAAUGCGACGUAGAAAAGGCGACAAUCUUUGUCUCUCUGUCCGUGCUUAUAUUAUCAUCCCCAUAUAUGCCAGAGGAGUUGCAAUAAUUCAUUAAAGUUGAGAGGAAGAAAAAAAUAAAAAAAACGUACAUUUACUUUUAUUUUUGGAAACAAGCGAUGCUGUAUGUUUAACCGACUUAGACUUGGGUCAAACGCCUUGCAUAGGCCGAACUCAAUCAAUUUGUAUUGCAAAGCCAGCCAAGAGAAAAAACCUGGUUCUACGUUUUUAUAUAAUUUUGUAUUAUUUUAUUUUAUUUUUUUAUAGUUUCGGCUAAAUUAGGUUUAGUCGCGUUUGAGCCCAACAGCCGAAAUUAACAUCUUAAGUCGACUCAUACUGUAAAUAUAAAGUAAGUUAGGCUCAUAUGAAGUGUGGGGUUUACCCUGGUCCUAAAAACUUUAUUUGUACUGUUUUUGAAAUGUUUUGACUACAAACAAGGAAAUUCACCAGGAUCAAACCUCGGGAUUUCGUAUGGUUAUCUCUCUCCAUUACCAAACCCAACUGCUGGAAUUCCGAAAAAUGUCUGCGCCUACUAUAAUUAAAUGCCUUUCAUAAUUGAUCCAUCUAUUAUAUGACACCUUUUCCCUCUCUUGAACUUUUAACGUAAGCUCAGCUUUGGCAUUUGGCUUGGUGCUUUGUAAGACUACUAUUAUGUAUCUUUAUUGUAUCUUGGCGUAGUUACCAACGAUGGAAUAUUAAUCGACCUUUAUAAAUCACAUCGUUUGUCUACAAAAGGGAAAUAUGACGUCGUGGUAUCUAAAAUUCCCUAGUUGCUGAUACUCUAUGUUAUUUUAUUACCAGAGGCAGACGAGGCACUUAGCAGGGGUUUUUAUACGUCUGGUUUAAUUGCUGGACUUGUGAUUGGUUUUCUGCUCGUGACCUUUAUUUGUAUGAUCUUUAUCUGGCGUCGCUGGAGAAAACAGAAGAUGUUAAAGAAAAAAAGCCUUAUUCCAGGGUAAAGAAUACUACAUGUCUUCAUAAUCUAAAUUUAGACGUGCGGAAAUGUUUCCUAGAAAAUCCAAGGAUGAUGAAAUUCUAAAUUCAAGUUUUUAAAACACUGCUGCAUUGGGUAAUGCGAACAAAAAAUUGCUUCUAAGCCAGUCUAAACAGGUGAUUUCUUAAAUCGUUUUCUUACCAAGAACGAGCUCAAAAAUUGGGCGAUAGACCUCUUGAGAAUCAUUCCUAAUUUUUGUUUUGUAUGAGCCAAAAAUUAAAAAUUGAUUAAGGGGGCUUGUAUGCCAGUUUAAACCGGGAUAUUUAAAAUAGGUUGUAAUUAAUCUUCUGAUUUAAAAUUAUUUUUCUACAUAUACUUGGUCUCGACUCUUAACCUUUAUAACUUUUGCAACAGUAAAUUUGCAACAGUAAAUUCUUACCUCCUCUUUUCUUUUCACAGGAAAAAUAGGUUGAUAAUUGAUAAUUGGGAAGUAGAUGGAGACCUUGUGACCCUUGAAGAUGAGAUUGGAGAGGGAGCCUUUGGUAAGGUGUACAAGGGAA